AUGGCACAUAAGUCCAUGGCCGCGUUGCUGGCGGUGCUGCUUCUGCUCCAUGUGGGGGGAAGCCUUGCCGUCACUGUUGCUCAGAGAGAGACCAACGCGCUGUUAUCGAUGAAGUUGACGCUCAACGGCGGGGCCGUUCUGAAGAAUUGGAUUUUCGGCAAAUUUGCGUGCGCCAAUGCGUUUACGGGCGUCACGUGCAAGAACGGAGCCGUCGUAGGCCUGUCCCUGCCGAAGAAGACUCUGAGCGGCAGCCUCGGUACGGUUGUGGGCUACCUCAACAAUCUGCAGUCUCUGGACCUCUCCGGCAAUAGCAUCGCCGGUGCAAUUCCCGAGGAAGUGGCGUUCUGUACCGCGCUCACGUCCAUCAAUCUCGGCAGCAACAAGUUCACGGGCGACAUUCCCCAACGGCUCGGCAACCUCCAGAACCUUAACACCUUGAUACUGAGUGGCAACGCGCUCAAGGGCGACGUGCCGUUGAACCUGUUCAGCGCGAAGAAGCUCAGUGUGCUCCUGCUAAACAACAACAGGCUCAGUGGCCGCAUCUCCGAACUCACCGGCGAUCCCACCAAGUCGCUCGUCAACGUUGACCUGUCCAACAAUCUGCUCACCGGCCCCCUGCCGCCCCUGCUUGUGCGCUCAGCCGGCCUUAAGAAUCUGAACCUUGCCAACAAUGGUUUCACUGGCGGCUUGCCUGUUGGAUGGUUGGGCUUGAAUAGUCUGAAGGCCUUGUCUGUGGCCAACAACGCUUUAGGUGGACCCAUCCUUCCUGGCAUCGCCAACCUCAAAGCUCUCACUACCGUUAGCUUCGCCAACAACAAGUUUUUCGGUACAGUCGGGAAAGCGUUUAAGAAGUUCAAGACUGGGUUCAAGGGCAACCCCCAGCUCUGCGUUGACUUCAAUGGUGAUGGCAAGUGUGAGGUUGCUACCUAA